AUGCGCCGCGUUGUGUGGGUGCUGGUAGCUGCGCUGUGCUGCACGGCCUUGUGCGUGACGGCUGCUGCGACUGAGGAGUCUGCUGCAACUUCUAGUGAUAUUAAGGCAAGGAUUCCUCUUCAGGAGGCGGAGGUUGAAAAAGCGAUGGCUGCUUUUGAGGCAGAAAAAAAGAAGGAGCACUCCACCAACGAUGCCAUUUCUCGACUGAAAAGAACGAAGGAUGCAGCGGAGAUGGCUGUGGAGUUUGUGGAUGUCAUCAAGGAGAAUGCUGGUGCCCUCAGCAGGAAUGCUUUGGCUGUUUUUUCUGUAGCUUCAUCUGUAUCCAGGGCGGCAUUCGCGCUGAAAAAAACUGACGCUAUUAACCCAAGAAGUUGA